AUGCUCGGGGGUCAGAACCAGGAGAUCAGAGGUCCGAAGAGGUUCCGAAGGGGAAUCCAGAACGUGUCAGGAGUACGUUCCAAGUUCGGUACGUAUUGGAUUGGAGUUCCAGGGGAAAUUCGGGGCUAUGAAAAGGCUCACAAGCUAUUUGGAAAAUUGCCUUGGGCCGACCUCUUCCAAUGGACCAUUAAGCAGGCCAGAGAAGGAAUCAAGGUUCCUCGAAUUCAAGGCUGCUACAUCCAAAAAAUUUCAGAAAACGAUUCCGUAAGGAAGGCAUUUAUAGAUGAAAAACGAAACCUGCUCAAGACUGGAGACAUCAUUAAAUUUGAGAAGCUGGCCGACACUUUGGAGACGAUUGCAAACGUUGGAGCAGAAGCCUUUUACUCUGGAAGGAUAGCAGAGGAUUUGGUCAGAGACGUGCAGGAGGCAGGAGGAAAACUCACACUGGAGGACUUGGCAUCAUAUAAGGUUAAAGUGACUGAUGCGUGGAACAUCUCUAUUGGGGACUAUCAGAUGUACAUACCCCCUCCCCCCUCAGGAGGGGUACUUCUCUGCCUCGUCCUCAACAUCAUGAAAGAAUUUAAGAAGGAGUUAAAGAAUUCUACAAAUACCACUUUGUUUUAUCAACGGUAUAGAGAAGCUUUAAAGUUUGCUAAUGAACUGAGAAACUUUACAAUGGAUCCGGAUUGUGGUAAUUGUAAUUUGGAGAAUGCAAAAAAGAUUUUAGACUCUAGCUAUGCUAAAGACAUAUGGAGAAACAUCACAUAUAAAAAAGAACCCAAAAACCAGAUGAAAUAUGAGGGCGGCUCUGGUACAACACACUUAUCUGUCCUGGAUGAGUCUGGAAUUGCUGUCUCUGUCACCAGCUCCAUCAACGCUUUUUUUGGCUCCAGGGUCUACUCUCAAAAUACUGGGAUCAUCCUCAACAACCAGCUGAAGGACUUUUGUAACAUCACUCAGAAAAUCUCCCCAGGGGUGCUUUCUACCCAUCUUUAA